AUGUCUAAAGCAAACGCUGUCGGAAUUGAUCUGGGAACAACUUAUUCGUGCGUUGGUGUAUCCCAGCAUGAAAAAGUCGAAAUCAUUGCUAAUGAUCAAGGAAAUCGCACGACUCCAUCUUAUGUGGCCUUCACGGACACUGAACGUCUGAUUGGCGACGCUGCUAAAAAUCAAGUGGCAAUGAACCCGUCGAACACUGUUUUUGACGCGAAGCGCUUGAUUGGACGCAAGUUUGACGAUCCAGCCGUUCAAUCCGACAUGAAGCAUUGGCCGUUCAAGGUUAUUCAAGGAGAAGGUGCUCGUCCAAAAAUUCAGGUGGAGGUUAAAGGAGAAAUGAAGGCGUUCUUCCCUGAGGAAGUUUCGGCAAUGAUCUUGACUAAAAUGAAGGAAACGGCCGAAGCAUUUUUGGGACAAACUGUCAAGGACGCUGUCAUCACUGUGCCAGCCUACUUCAACGACAGUCAACGCCAAGCCACAAAGGAUGCUGGAACGAUUUCUGGACUUAAUGUUUUGCGUAUCAUCAACGAGCCAACUGCUGCGGCCAUCGCUUAUGGUUUGGAUAAGAAGGGCCAAGGCGAGCGCAACGUCUUGAUUUUUGACUUGGGCGGUGGAACUUUUGAUGUGUCAAUCUUGACUAUUGAAGAUGGUAUUUUUGAGGUCAAGUCGACUGCUGGAGACACUCACCUUGGAGGCGAAGAUUUUGACAACCGAAUGGUCAACCAUUUUGUUGCUGAAUUCAAACGUAAGCACAAGAAGGACCUUGCCACCAAUCCACGUGCUGAACGUCGUCUUCGUACUGCUUGUGAACGCGCUAAGAGGACUUUGUCUAGCUCCACUCAAGCGAGAUUGACUCUCUCUUUGAUUGAAUCGAUUUCUACACCAACAUCACUCGUGCACGCUUUGAAGAGCUUCGCGCCGAUUUGUUCCGCAGUACUAUGGAUCCAGUUGAGAAAUCAAUUCGUCGACUUCUUUUCUGGUAAGGAACUCAAUAAGAGCAUCAACCCGGACGAAGCUGUCACCUAUGGAGCUGCUGUUCAGGCUGCAAUUUUGUCUGGCGAUAAGUCUGAGAAUGUUCAGGAUCUUCUUCUUUUGGACGUUGCCCCACUCUCGAUGGGAAUUGAAACUGCUGGUGGCGUCAUGACUCCGUUAAUCAAGAGAAACACGACUAUUCCCACCAAGACUUCUCAAACGUUCACUACCUAUUCUAACAAUCAGCCUGGUGUUCUUAUUCAGGUCUAUGAAGGUGAACGCGUUAUGACAAAGGACAACAACUUGUUGGGAAAAUUCGAAUUGAGUGGAAUUCCUCCUGCUCCUCGUGGUGUUCCUCAAAUCGAAGUCACCUUUGACAUUGACGCCAACGGAAUUUUGAAUGUUUCUGCCCAAAACAAGUCGACUGGAAAGCAAAACAAGAUCACCAUCACUAAUGACAAGGGACGUCUUUACAAAGAUGAGAUUGAGCGUAUGAUCCAAGAGGCUGAGAAAUAUCGUGGCGAGGAUGAGAUUUAGUGUGAUUGUGUUUCGGCUAAUGUAAGAAUGGACUUGAGUCUUACUGCUUUAACAUCAAGCAGACAAUGGAUGAUGAUAAGGUUUGUUUUUGAGGGAUAAAGUUGGGCUUGGUUGUCUUGGGAAUGGGUUUUCUCGUUUGAGGGUUGUAUGUUUUGGUUGGUGAUAGGAUGUGCCGUCUUUAGGGAUGAACUGGGAAUAGAAAAGGGUGUCUUGUGUGGUGAUGAUCUGGGGGAAAAGGAGCUUUUUUAAGGUUAUUAGCUUGGGUUAGGGAUGAGAUGUCCUGUUGGGGUAUGAGAUAGAUUGUUUUCGGCCUUUCUGUUCUGACCCUUUCGUUUUCUGAAUCCGUCAGGGUCGUUUUCUGAAUCCGAUGGUAUUUUUGAGG